AUGGAGAAAGAUCCCAACACUCACAGGAAGCACCAGCCAGGCCAUGGAGCCCUGCCCUCUGGACUAACCCCUGGAUCCCUCAAGAUGGCCCAUGACAGGGUGGAGCUCCUGAGGAGCAGGAGUGUGGGUAUCUUGCACCAGAAGGGGGACCCACCAGCCAGCAUCAGGAAGCGACUACACAAGGAGCUUGAGCCUGAGAACCAGGGGAAAGACCCAAGAAGUGAUACUGAUGGUGCCAGCUGUCAGAUGAGCUUAGAGGAAGACAGAAAGAAAAAGAACCAGGAUGCGCAGGAAAAACUGGUAGACGAGAGUGGGAAAACGGAGCCAGAGAAGAGUGACUCCAAGGCCAGCACCACAGAGGAGCAAGAUGAUGCAUGCACAAAAAGAUGCACUUCGGUGGCAGAGGAGCAAGAACCAGAGUCCAUAAAGCCGAAUGACCUAGAAAAACAGAAACCAUCUGUGUUUGUGGAGAUUGAGCUGGGAGAUCAUACAGAGGAGGAGGCAGUCACCUGUGCCAUGGGAGAAGAAAGGAAGCCUCCGAUGGACACAGGAGACUUGUCAGAGGAAGAGACCAGGACCAGCUGGGUGUGCUGUUUCCCAUACACCUCAAGGAGGAAGAUGAGGGAAAACAAGACUGCUUUGGAAAAGGUACUCAGGGCCUGCAAGGCAGGGAAGGGUGGGGCUCUGAGCAUCCGGGAGAAUAAGGAGUGA